GUUCCAGCUCUCGUCCACUUCCUGCAUUCACUGGACUUCUGUAGUGCUGUUACCAAGGUCGCUCAUCCCUCCAUCAGGUCUCAGUUGCUCAGUUACAUCUACAAUGGCUUCCUGGUGCCUGUACUGGCUCCGGCUCUGCACAAGCUGACAGUGGAGGAGGUGAUGACCACGACGGCGUACCUGGACCUGUUCCUCCGCUCCAUCUCCGAGCCCGCCCUCCUCCAAACCUUCCUGUCCUUCAUCCUGCUGCACACGCACGACAACGUGCACAUUCUGGACACGCUAGUCAGCAGGGUCAACACACCUUUCCAGUUGGGUACAGUGUCUCUGGCUCUGUUCAGGACUCUGAUUGGUCUGUUCUGUGAAGACGUCAUGCUGCAGCUGGUGUUCAGGUAUCUGAUUCCCUGCAGCCACCUGAGCAGGAAGCAGCGCUCCUCCUUAAAGCAGAGAGACUGUUACUCCACCAGUGCGGCCUCCUUCCUGCUCCUCAUGCCCUCCUGGUGUCCCGUCUACUUCCACAACAAAAACACACAUUCGCACUCUGAGCACAUCCACUUUCCCAAAGGAGCAGACCUGUCAGUGUCAGACAGUGUUGGUUACUGUCGAGGUUCAGAUUUUCUGAUGGAUGUAAACUACCUCCACUACCUUUCCGACGCUCGCCAGGCCAUCUCCGCCUCCCACAGGGCAUGUCGGCUCUGGUCGGCCCCGUAUGACGGGAUCAACCCCUCGUCUGACGAAAACCGAUCUGACACACCAGGGGGCGACAUAGACGAAGAGGAAGAAUUUGUCCAGCGAGUCAAGAGUGACUCCAUCUGCUCUUUGGUCAUCACUCCUCCCCCCUCUGCCCUCUCCCCCACCCCCUCCUCCUCAGAUGCCGCCUCCACAAACAACCAGUCAGGAAGAGCCAGUUCCGCUCUGGAGCUGGAGUGGGAUGACAUUUUCGCAGAUGACGAUCCCUCUUCAUCGGCGAUGAUGAACUCAGGGUUUGCAAACGGCAUCGUGACUCUGGGUCCAGCUCCUCCUUUACCUCCUCAGCACAUCCAGGAAAUGCGACGCAGUGCGAUCAAGCUGGUGCAUGGCUCGUACGUGGAGGAGUCCGAGUUCCAGGACGACGUUCUGGUCUACGAUCUAGUUGCCCAGAAGGACACAAAGGCGGCCAUGUUGGAGCGGAUCAUGGCAGCAAACCGACUGGCACGUGGGAACAUCUCACAUGGUCGGCAAGCACCAAAGGCAGCGAUGACAUCGACGAUCACUGCGAUGUUGACGACGACAGGGAGAACGGUAAUGGAAACAGUUAACAGCAUUAUGUCGACAAGGAGGAGGAGCGAGGACGAAGAUAGGGAGGAAAGAAGAGGGAGCGAAGUUUUCGGGAAGGAGGUGAAAUGGAGGAGCGAGGAAUGCGGGAGGGAGACUGGGAGAAGGAGGGAGGAGGAGGAAGACGAGAAACUCAGGCCUGAAUCACAAGGAGAGACGACGGGACGUCAAGUUUUCACCAACGGUUUCAACGUAAAGAAUCACAUCAUCGACGAACGUGACGAUGCCGAAGACGACGACCAGUCGAGUGACAUCACAACUAUCACAACUGUCAAUCAAAAGCCAACAACACACCCACAGCUUCUACGUCACAACACCCAAAAUCUAACGAUGUGUUUAGGGACAAACGUUUUACCCAAUGGCCACGAUGACUCCGAGCCACGUUACCCAACGAGGUCUCUGCCUGAUUACAGAGUGAAGAAUAACAACGGCUUCCUGUCCCAGUACCAGGAACUCAUGCUGUCUCUCGGGGCGGAGCCGGACUGUGAUGACCUCGCGGAGGACAUCGGCACAUUCAGAAGGCGGGUCCGAGCGCUCAGGCAAAAACUGGUGGAGGAGGAAGAGGGGCUCUUUACUUCAUCGUGGGAUGAAGGAGAGGUGGAGGAGGAGGAGGAGGAGGAGGAGGCGAUGGAGGAGGUUGAGGAAGGAGACGAGACAAAAGGCAGCAGCAGGAAUGGAGUUCCAUUUACAGGUCCGUUCAUCAGCGUCCUGUUAUCCCGGCUCGAGAACAUUCUGGAAAACUCCAUCGCCGUAAACCUGCUGGUGACGGGCAUCUUGGCCCAGCUGGCGUCGUACCCACAACCUCUGCUGAGAUCCUUCAUGCUCAGCACGGACACGACGCACGUGCAGCCCAACGUACGCACUCUGUACCAGGUGUUGGUGUCGGUGCACACGCAGAUCGAGUGCUAUGUGGCGGCCAGACCAGAAUAUCCAGCGCUGGUCACUCAGGCCUGGAGGUUCUUGUUGGUGAAAGACCAGGACAGCAAGUUCAGAGAGUGCCUCGAGUCUCACGGCGGCGAUUUCAUCCUGGACCCAUCUCUCCCCAACGGUUCUGUGCAAAACGCUCUGGCUCUGCCCCCUCUUGGCGUCCUGCCGCCCUGCCCUCCGAUCCCGCCCCAAGCCAAGAGCCGAGUGUUCGCCAUCGUCCUGUUCGCAGAGUUCCUCAAAGAGCUGGCCGCCAUCGCCCAGGAGCACAGCGUCGCAGCGGACUGUUCUCCCGAGGAGUAAUCAGAGGGUUGUUUUUGUCUCGCUGUUAAAAUCUGCCUGAGAAAGUGCCACUAAUGUGCCCGUAAGGAAGUGAUACUCCAGCAGAAGACUGAUGGGUUUCUAAAAGUACAUUCCUCAGGCGACAGAUGAUAAAGACGCAGCAGCAGCAGCAGCAGCAGACGUAGAAGAAAAAGAAGAGACGAGGAUGAAGUUUUAUCUGUUGCUGUGGGUUCUCGGUGUCGCAGUGAUGUCUUUAGAAGAGUUUGAUGAAGAUACAAGUGACUUUGAAGAUUCAUCUGAUGAUUCCAUUGAUGAAUUUGAAGACAUCCUCUCCACUCCUCCCUCCUCAGGCGAAACCUCCUCCUCCUCCAGAGCGAACAUGGACCCCCGCUGCCUGGUCUACGUUCUCCUCGUUCUGUGCAUGUCAGCACGCUGAAGAGCAUCGUGUUUGUCGUCAUGUGUGUUUAACUCUAUAAUCACGAAGAACCCUGCUUGUUAUAUUCUCCCUCUGUGACACUUUGGUUAUUUUAGUGUGACUUAAUGCAGAUGAUGUCUCUCCUUAUAUCUGAAUAACCAGAUUGAAUCACCUCCCUGUCAGAGAAACUCAAAUAUGUUCAAUGUCUAUGAAUUUAGGAAAA